AUGGCAACAAUAAAUAGGAAUAUCCUUGAUGACUUCAAUAGUGAUGAAAACGUUUCUUUACUUUUCUUAAGUAGUCAUUCUCAGGGAAAGGAAUCCUCCUUAGAUAUGAAUAUGGAACUACAGCCGACGUAUUUGAAGGCAUUGAUUGAUAAUCAACCUAUAAGGACCGUGGAGGAUGGACAAAUAGUGCAACAAUGCUAUCAAAUAUUGCGAAUCUUCGAGAACAUGGUUCAUUUGAAGGAUACCUUAUCGGAUAAUUUCAAGAAACAAACGUUUCUUUAUAUCAUGGUCAAGAAUAGAAAUGAGAUGAUCAACAGAGCUAAUGCUGAUGAUCAACAUUAUGAUGAUAUUUUGCAAUGUCGACAGUUUUUCCAAGUGUUAUUGAAUAAGGUACAGGAACAAUAUGCAAAUUUAUCGUUAGUAACAACUUUUUUGUACAAGUGCAAUUUCAAUUUGAAUAAUCAAACUUCAUUACUGAUACAACUCUGGAUUUAUUUGAAUAAACAUAUUAGAAGAUUUAAAGAAAAGGUAUCCAUAUUGACGAUGAUAUCCACAUUACUACUCUAUGGUUUAGAAUUAGAACAAAUGAAACCAAGUAUUAAGGUUGAUUUGUAUGAGUCCAUGUCACAUUUUGCCAGUAACCUACUUGCCGAAUUGAACCGAAUAUCUGAAACCAUGGACGCAGAUUCAAUGGAUUCAACAUCGUGUUUUAUUCAUUUUGAGGUUUGUUUUAAUAACUUAAAAACAAAAGUGAUAAGGAGGGAAAAUAAAAUGUUAAGGAAAGCCUUACUAUCAUAUCAAAACACGAAGGCCAGAAGUAUAUUUUUGAAUACUACUCGUCCCUUAACCAUUAGCACUACCAACAUAAUACCCUCCAAUAAGAUAACUGAUAGGCUGCCACAAUUAUUAAGCGCAUUUGAUGAUGUAAAAAAUCUUCAAAAUGAGGUAAAGGUAGCGAAUAAAUUUAUUAAGAGCUGUGAUAAUUCUUCACUUACAUCACAUACUGUAAAUAAGAAAAAGAAAUUACACUCUUAUCCUGAAUCAAACACUCAGUUGCAAUUACAUAGAGAUGCAUCUGAUAGAACUAUCGGAUCCAGAUCAACAUCUGCGUCAUCAACCUUCUCAUCAUUUUCUGCAUCCACACAUACAACAGAAAUGUUAGAUAAUAGUUCUUUAUUCAAAGAUUUUACAAGCUUCUUAUAA